GUUUUUUUACGGCAAACUUCCACCUAUCUGCUAUAUAAGCUCAGCGCUUGGUGUUGGUGAGCAGUUCCCAAAAUGAGGCGAUUGGCUUUCAUCUUAGCCGUGGCAGUACUGGUUAACAAAUUAUGGGCACUUUCCGCAGCUGAAAACGAACCUGAGGACGAGGAGGCUGGUGGACAAUCGGGUAAAAAUUAUCGUAGGAACUGUGCACCGGGACGCAAUUCGGACUCAACCCCUAAACCUUCUAAAAAACCUGGGCUCCCUUCUAGCCCUCAGAACACAUCAACAUCGCCUCUACCGCCCCAAUCUGAGCCUGAAAAAAAGGAAGCACGCCGCCCAUUUGCAUAUCCUAAUUGGAACCUAGGUGACUCUCCCUUCGAAGAACCACCACGACCCAGUUGGCAACGUCCCUACGUCGACCCGAGACCUCCCAACAACGUCUGGGACUAUCAAAGCUUCCGCCCGCCAUACAACAACUUCGGUUACAUGAACAAUCCACCCCAAACCCCAGGACGAUUUCCCGCGCAAGUUCCCCCUUACUUGGGACACGAUCCUAGAGGGAAUUAUCUUCCGCCGCCAUUUGGAAACAAUAGGAUGCGGCCGAUAGGUUACAGGUCGUCCUCGUCUGCAGAUGAAGAUAUUUUUAGAGAGAUACUAGCCACUUGGCCUGAAGGUCACAACAGUGUCUACCACGAUCCAGAUUCUGGUAAAAGCUAUGGGUUUCUUUGGACCCCUCUUGAAAAUUAGCUGAUGCGGAGUGUUAAUCAAAUAUCUCUCCGAUUGUAAUAAAGCUAACGAAUAAUGUUAUUUAUUGUUUGCAUUAAACGUAAAUUAACAGGUAA